ACCUUGACUGCCAUUGGCGCCAUUCGGCUCAUAUUGCGUUCGGUCGUGCUUGCCGAGGUGAUGUUGCGGUUAGCGGAAGGAACGAGACACGAUGAAGCACUGCUUGCGUACGGUCGAACGAUGAGCUGAUCAAUCCUUGAACGGUCAAAUCGAGUCCCGGUCGCAAGUUCUCACUCGUACGAUCUUGCCGCUCGAGUACUUCGUGAAUUAUUCGUAAAGUGACCUGAUUCACGAGCCACACGUUCCGGUAUUUUGGACUCUCGGCCAGUUCUCGUGUAAACAGACCGCCGCCUCGCGUUUAUCAUUCGAGAUAAUGAUUAUUUAUUACAUAAUUUGCCAGUAGAGAAAUGUUAUGCUCCCGAAAAAUAUGCAGGUGAGACCUACUCGAAUUCGCAUACGGGGCGGCGUUCUUCGAAAAUGACUGACUCUUCUUCAACUCCUGCUUCUACUCUUGUCAGGAUAAUCAACGCGGUGGUGUAUUUUGUAAAAUGUCUUGCCCGAAUAGGGUUUGUGAUCAUAAACAAUGCAUAUUGUAUUCCUACCUACAUCGUGUGGAUGACACUUUUAUUCCCUAUGAAGUUUUACCACCCACAAAUCUAUUGGCGUAUAGAAGGGCUGUUUUUUCACUGGCUCCUAGCGAUGGUAUCCAUGUGGGCAUGGUCCGCUGGUUACGAUGUUGUUGAGCAGGGCGACGAUAUACAGAGAAUAAUUAGUGAAAGAACUUUGGUUAUCGCAAAUCAUCAAAGCACCGGCGAUGUUCCUAUGCUCAUGACGACUUUUAAUGCCAAGCCAAACGUGCUACCAAAUCUUAUGUGGAUAAUGGAUAGAGUGUUCAAGUUUACUAACUUUGGUAUCGUUUCUAUUUUGCACCAGGAUUUUUUUAUUGUGCCUGGUCGCAACAAAAGGGACGAGAGCUUAAGGCAGUUAGAACGACAUUUAAAAAAAUACUACAUACCUCGAGAAAGGAAGUGGAUAGUCCUCUUUCCGGAGGGUGGCUUUUUGUGCAAAAGGAGAGAUACGUCUCAGAAAUAUGCCAAAAAGAAUAAUCUACCCAUCCUCGGAAACGUGACUCUACCUAGAGUAGGGGCGAUGCAGACCAUCGUUGACGUCCUCGGUCCAAUACAGAACAAUAAUUCUCCCGAUCAGCGACUAAAUAACAGUGUGGCAAUGUCAAAACCAGAAAUUAGUUGGAUUCUUGACAUAACGAUAGCAUAUCCCGAAGGCAAGCCACUGGACUUGCCAACAAUUAUAACUGGUUCACGUCCACCUUGCGAAACGGUCCUAUUUUACAGACUUUUCCCUAGCACAGCGGUUCCGAAAGAGCCAGAAUUACUAACUAAGUGGUUGUAUGACCGAUGGGUAGAGAAAGAAACACUUUUGGAGAACUUUUAUAAGCACGGAUCGUUUCUAGGAUCUCACAGAGCUGGCACUACGGAGGGCUCCAAGAUACAACAAGAUCCCUUGCGAUUCCUAGUCCUUCAUUUAUUUUUCAUAACGUCUAGUUAUAUACACUACAACUUACUUGCAUACGUAUUAUCCUGCAUCUGGUGAGACGUCUUGCAACGAUCAAGUGCAGCUCAAUCUAGGAAAAGAUAUACGUUAGACGAAUGAAACAGAAAUUCCUGCCUUAUUAAAGCUCUUUCUACGACAGCCGAGAAUCGUGUAAGAACUUGCAAAUAAAGUUCAAUUAGAAUUUUUCUACACUAAAUUUAUUAAAAGUAUUAUUACGUCUAUUAAGAGCGUUUCCUGCCGGAUGUGGUAAUUCGAACGCGCACAGUGUCGGUAAUGUCCAGGGAAGAGCUAAUUACACCUUAUAAUUUCCAUUUGCGUUCUAGGGCAUACUUUUAGAAGGGCAUAACUUCCUUAGCAAUAACCGGCACCCAGAGUUUCUCCUUGUAUCAUAGGCUUUGCACAAUUCUGUACAUUAUUUACAAUAUUCUUAGUCCCUUCCAACCUUUCAUUUGCAUGCUGUUAAAACAUCACAAUUUGCCUUUUUAGUUACACAAUUCUGCGGAGAAGUCAAUGGUUGAACGUAUUCCACGUGGACGUCACAUUAAAACCGCCGUGCAGAGUUAAGGAAUUUAUUAAUUCAUUCUAAUCGACUGAACAAGAAGUGCUGUCAAUAAGUAGCUAAAAAAGCAUCAGUAUCUAAGGACAAAGCAAUGAAUGAGUAAACAAACAGGAACCACCUGUACAUUCAACAGUUUUUUUUUCGAUCUUCGACGUCACUUUUCUUUGAAAAAAAAAAAUAUAUAUAUACAUGUAUGCACAUACAGAAAGAAGGUCUAAUUCAUACAUUCCGUUGACUACUGCAUUAUUUCGCAUUACGUGUCAAUAUCGAUUGCAUCUAAAGAUCUGUUAUUAUUUAUAGAUACACUUACUCGGCAGGUCUCGCUUAAAUUAUCGAUGGCAUUCAAGGCGGUCACUAAUCAAACUUGUUCAAGGUAAAAGAUCGAAGACUAGGUUUUUAUACGUGACGCGAGGUCCCAACAUAAGUGAUUUUUUAUUUCCAGAAUUAGUGCGCGGAUCCGCGCAUGAGUUAUAUAUAUAUAUAUAUAUUUUAUCGGAAUGAGUUAAUUAAAUGUUGCUCAAAAGUACACUGUUAUGACUCGCAAAGAUAAGAUAGACAUGCCAACGAGAAUUACGUAACGUACGCGAGUCUCGUUUAAUUUUCUCGCGGAUUAUCAUGCGUUGACUCCGCACCGAGAGGAGGAAGAAUUAUCGAUCGUUUUAUUAUAAAUACAUAAUCGGGAAAUUGAAGAAAGCUAAGGAAAUAGCGCCGUCGUACUAAUUAAGGAAUAAGGAGAUUUAAUGGAACUCGGCAGACGAGCCUACCACUGCACAUUUCCGAACGCUCUUUUUAAUUAACCUACCUAUAUAUGCUUACCGAUCUAUGUGUAGAGCGCAUGUUUAUUUAUUUCGUAUUGUUUUAAGCGAGCGUUUGUGAUUUCACCCAUUAGCGUAGAGAACGAGCUUGCUUCGAUUUCUUGCAAUCGACAAUACCGCAAUUACGGUCGUAUAUUACGGUUGGGUCUUCACGGUGCAAUAAUCAAAGAAUUAUAAAGGAGUUACAAUAAAAAGAAGGAAAAGAAGAACAAAAGAAACAAACAAACAGAGGAAUUCACAAAGGCGACUGUGACACUUAAAUUGGCGAUAAUCAUGCAUGCGUAUGACCGAGACGAAGCAGUUAAAAAUUACCUUUCACUGCGUUCGAGAGUUCUACUUCGGGAAUAAUUUCUAGGAUAAAACGAUAAGCACGCGUUUUAUGGAACGUUGUUACCAAUUUGUUACUCGAUGCGCUUUUUUUUUUUUUACCCCCAUUAAUGGACAAUAACAUUCGUGCAUGCGUGCAUAGUGCUUGGGGACGUGGAAGAGCCACAAUUGAUACCUUUAGAGUACGGUGGUAUGGAUCUUAACUAUUAGGGUCAAAAGGUACUAACACAUUCCACGCAGCUGAGUCUAGUUCGGCCCGGCUUAAAUUAAUAGGCGGGCUCGAGCUGAAAACUAGCGCGUAUGUUCUUGCUGCGAAACUCAUGCUUGACUUUUCCGUUUCCCCAUUGGCGCGUCCCCGAUUGCUCUAGAUUGCAGCCAAGUACGGGUAGUACGUUCCGUGGGGCAGAUAAUAUACAUUGUUUCGUUUUUUUUUCUCGCUACAUGCAUUAUUGCUACACGAACACCGAUUAGAGAUUGUCUACCAGGGACUAGGAGCUAGUAGAGAGGACGUAUCGAUUCCUGCGCCGCUUAAUUUCGCCUCCGGUCUCUAAACCGACCGAAGCCGUACGACCCGUCACUCGUAAUAUAAUUUUAUUAGUUUAGUUUAACCCUCACGCUGCGAAACUGGGAGCUUGUACGAACAAUCCACGCUACGUGGCGAAAGGGUUGAACGUUCUUGCGAGACGUCGAAGGCGCGCUGUGUAUGAGUUUUCCACGCCUAAGGCCACGUGGACUGUAACGGCCUUAAAUCGGCUCGACGGUAUAUUUGUAUAGAAGGAAUAUCCGGAACUUCCUGCACACCUCGUACCUCGCCGUAUAAUUUGUACACGUGUAGGCUCCGUUAUCCCAACUCAGCAUUGUAUCCGGAGUACUCGUUUGUACACACGCGCUUCUCGGCGAUAAACUCUUAACGCAUUGCGCAAGCCUCCUGCAUCACGCCACCUUCUGCGAGUUUUGAUGAAAAACGUGUCAACUUCCUCGGGCCUUGAACUCCGGAGAUGAACGGAUCGCCGGUGGCGAUUUUAUUUACCUCCCGGCGGCUAAAGAAUUUAUUUCCCGCAACAGAGCGGACUCUUGAUCUCGCAACGGAGGUUCGAAAUCCCCUCGAAUUUCCCCGUUCACCUCCGCGGAGAUGAACUCCACCCUUAUCCGUAGUUUUUAUCUGUCACUUACCUAUCUAACGCUGUACUGUGAUAAUGGCGAAUCGGCUCUCGGAUCUUCUGUCACCGCACUGACCGGCUUGACGUUUCGCGAGGCUUUUCCCUUUACUUGGACGCCGUAUCAUAUCUAAUGGACAAUUGUAAAACACCGUUGUUAGUUUCCACUGGACUCGCAUCUCUUCGCAUUUAAUAGUUCAUUCACGCCGAGAGGACUUUGCGGGUUUUUUCGUACACGGCGACGAAUUUCUUCGCCUAUCUAGAGCGCGAUCCUAUCGCGGAGAGAUAACGAUAAGCUUGCGUGCAUAGCAGGGAAGACAAGUACUUCUUGUAUCCUUGUAUUCCCGCCAUGGACGUAUGAACUUUGCGACUUUGUAUCGACAUCCGCCCCCUCUGAUUAUCUCGGCUCCUUCUCUCUCUCACUUAUCUCCACUUUCUCCGCGGAAAGCUGCCUUGAAUGUGCGUCACGUUGGAAACGACAAUCGUGAGGAAAAGAUAAAGAUAAUACAUGGUAGGUUUUCUACUCGAAUCUGGCGAACAACCGGGUCGGAGCGAUAGUGCAAAUUGUACAUUUUAAGCCUAACACGUUCGUCCUCGGCUCUGGAUACGGGAUGAAUAGAGAAGAGGGCAAUCACUCUUCCAUUUUUUGUACAUUCACCCACUUGUGAUCGCGGCUGAUAAUUGUAACAGCAAAUUGUUGUAACUAAAACUCACGAGCUAAACGAUUAAUAAACUAAGCAUAUUUGCACGA